UAUUUUCGUUUUCUGAAAAGAAAAAGAACGAAUGACAUUCACAAAAACUAGAGUGUCGCGCGUAUCGGAUCUGAGCAUUUGAACCAGUUUUAGCGCGAAACGAACGCCAUCAUUCUGCCACAAGGGGACUGUCAUACUAUUUCGGGACCGUGAUCCAAAGUGCACGAGAUACGUAGAGAGCAUAAAUAAAUAUACGCGCGUGUUCUGGCCCCGUCAGAAGUCUCGAGCUGGGGACCGUCAUUCGUCUGUGAUUCCCUUCGGUCGUAUGUGUUGGCAUAAGGCGGCGGUGUUUGUUUUUUUUUCUUGACAGUGUAUAACCGCCCGGUGUAUAUACUUCUCGUGUUCCGUUUUUUUCGUCGUCGUCACGUUGGCGAAAGAGGAGCGGCAACAGGGAAACUCAGCACUGCGAAAGGGAGAGAAACGAGGCGCGGGUAGAGGAAACUUGUGGAGGAAGAAGAGCGAGAGGGGACGGUGGUGGUGGUGGUGGAGGGGGUGGUGGAAAGUGGCGUGUCCAGUGCGCGGUGGUGUGACGGUGUCGCGUCAGGCACCGAUUCCAAAUAUUUCACAUUUUCCGCGCGGCUACGUUGAAAAGUACUGGCCCCCAAAUGCACGUACCGCAAAUCCUGUUUCAUGUUCAUGUUCUGGAGCAAACGGACGGCGCUCACUAGACGUCUCCUAAAGGCCAAGGUCCGUGGAGAGCAUGAAACCGAGUGUGAAGCUCAAGAGGAUUCGUCACGUAUUCAUCGCGCAAACAACACGAGUGGCACCGACAACGACACGACGAGCAACGUGACGGCAACGACGGGCCAAACAACCAGAGGAGCGCGUGGAGCGUCGUCAGGAGGUGCAGUCGGCGGCGGAAGAGGGGGAGGCGCAGGAGGAGGAGGAGGAGGAGGAGGAGGUAACCGUAUCUCGUCGAGUAGACUACAUCAAGGUUGUUGCGGCGGUGAUCAGAGCCAGGAUGAUGACGAGGAUCCCGUUCGUUUGUUGAGGUGCAAGGAGCUCCUCAAAUCGCUCAAGGAAAAUCAACUAGAAAUGUUACUCACCGCCGUCGAAAGUUGUGGUGCCGAUCUCGGCUCGUGCAUCCUCGUGCCACGCCAGCAUACCGAGGACAGCUACGAUACCGAGCAACAAUCGCAACAACAACAACAACAACAACAAUGUUAUCGUCAUCAUCGUUACCACCAUUGUCAUUACUAUUAUCAUCAUCCAACGCAUCAUCAUCACUAUCAUCAUCGGCAUCAUCGAAGACAUCAUCGUUCCUCAUCCUUGGAGAAGGACGAUGAUCAAAACUCUGAAUCAGAGGAUUCGUGCGCGUCGCCAAUAAGACCAGAUCGAUGCAGAGUACCUGUUCGUGGCUCGCUCGACAAUAUGCCAAUCGAUCCUCACCUGCUCUGCUGCCAGAUCUGGCGAUGGCCGGAUCUCGCUCAUUCGUCGGAGCUCAAGAGACUUCCUGUCUGUCAUUCCGCUAAAGACCCUGUAUACAUAUGCUGCAAUCCUUAUCAUUGGAGCCGGCUCUGCAAACCCGAGUCGCCACCACCCCCGUACUGCCUUAUUGCCGACAGACUGAGACCCGAGGAUCGUGCGCCCAGCGAAGGGGAUCAACGUCGGUGCAAAAACAGCACACCCCUGCCGCUUCCCGGCUCCCUUACCACCAACGGAGAAGGUGAAACAGGACAAAAAGAAUGGUGUACAUUAGCAUAUUGGGAAUUGGGUGGUAGAGUAGGUCGUCUGUAUCCUGUAGAACCUUCAACAGUAAAUGUUUUUGAUUCCCUCCAUGAUGGUGAUGGCCUUUGCUUAGCAACAUUGGCUAAAAAUCAUGUUGCACCACCUGCAGUCCAAAGAACAAGAAGCAAAAUUGGUCUUGGUUUAAUGCUUAGUCAAGAAGCAGAUGGUGUGUGGGCAUAUAACAGAUCUGAGAGCCCAAUCUUUGUGAAUUCACCUACUCUGGAUGAUCCAGAGUCUAGAACACUACUUGUCUAUCGUGUGCCUCCAGGCUUUUGUCUGAAUAUCUUUGAUCGUACCAAAAUUCUACAGCUUCCAUAUGGUAAUGGUACCACAAGAACAAGCAAUCAGGCUUCAGGCUUUGCCUCUGGUCCUGUUGAUAUCAACUCCGUCCGUAUCAGCUUCGCCAAAGGCUGGGGACCCAAGUACUCAAGACAGGAAGUCACCUCUUGUCCAUGUUGGCUCGAAGUACUCCUAGCACCAUGCAGGUGAUCCCUACAACUCAUUAUGAAGGUACACAGUCUCGUCCGUUUGCGCCUCUUCUUCCUCCUCGUCGUCCUCCAAGAGGACCGAUCUGUGAAACUGACGCAGCAGCGACGAAGCUCCGUCCUAAAGGCUGCCAACGGAUACUCAUACGACGUGGAUCGCCGCCAGCAGUCUUACCAAAGUACGCCACCAUACAUCCAGGAACAGCGUCGUUUUAUUAACAGAAAAACGAGAAUCAUUUGACAAAAGCGUUUUAUAUUCUUGUGCCUAUGAACGGAAGACACAUAGUAUACGUGGUACUCGAUUUUCAUUUAUCCUAAAACUUGAUUAUAUUGCAUAUUCUUUUUGAUUGGUCAAUAAUAUUGUUGUACUUUCUUGAUAAUGUUAAAUGAGAUUUCAUAAAAAGUGAAGCGGUAAUUUCCGCUAGGUCUAGUCAGUGAUAUUUAAUGUUUUUAAGCUUGAUGUUAAUGUGUCUUGCAUUAAGAAUAUUAUAAUAUAAACAAUAUUAACUGAAAUCAUGGAAAGUGCGAGAGUAAAAUUGAUCAAUGUCGCUCUUUUUUUAUGGUAUUGAUCAUAAGUUUAAUGUCUGUACUGUCUGGCCAUGUCCUCGUUUAUGAUUAAUCAUUGUACUGCAAGGAAGCAGAAACUUGGGCUUCCGGUAAGGUCUAGUCAAUGGUGUUUGAGAAUAUGAAAAACUCGUUGGUUACAUGGAUUAAAAAUCCAUUUAAAUUAUCAAGAAACGAGAACACUGCCAACAGAAUCAAAGGAAGUACUUAGUGUUUUUAUGUUAUCUUUAAAAAGACUUUUACUUUAAUGAUUAAAAUAAUAAUAUUUGUAAUAUAAAUUUCCUGCUUUUACAUUGAAUUUAAUCAAAUACGAGGAAAGAUUUGUUAGUUGAAAGAUAUAAAAAAAUUUGCUCGAUUUAGAUAUUCGUCAGUUUAUUAUCUAUCUAAUUAAAUUCUGUCGAAGAUUUUUACUAUUCGAUGUUGCAAUUAUGAGAAACUUACAAAACUUUUCUCAAAUUCUUUAAUUUUGUAUGCUGUAAGUCGGUAUUUCAACAUUGAAUUAUAAUAAUCUUAUAAUGAUUUUUCAUGAACAUUCAAAUGUCGUGUACCACAUUUACUAUAGUUGUCUCCGAUCGCCGUUCGGUGCUGUACAUAAGUAUAUGUACAUACACUGUGCCUUCCCAGCUUCCUUUGUGGUGCAAUGCACGAGUGAUAGAACGAAUGCAUGUGUGCGUGUAUCUAAGAAAAGUGAGAGAAAAUGAGAGAAUUUCCGCGUGCCAGCUAUGUUUCGCACCAAAAUGCCCGAGAGCUUCGUACUACAGUAAUACGAUACUGUGAUAAAAGUUCGAACCAGGUCUCUUUUUCCUUCCUUUUUUUCGAACGCGUUUAUGAAGCACCGACGAUAAAAGAAAAGCAAUCAAUUUGUUAAAAAUGUGUAUAAUGUAUGCAAAGAAACAAACACAUGCUUAAUAAACAAUAGUCCAUAGACUUGAAUCUAGAAGAAAUGUUGAAUUUAUAUACAAGUACUGUUUUCUCGGUUAAUUUUGUACAGUUUUGAAAGAUAUGACGAAAUUAAUAUAAGUGAGUGGAAUUUUACAAAUUUUAUCGCGAAAGUCUUCAUUAAGAUCUGCCUCCAAAUCCAAAUACAUGUAUUAACGUGAAAGAAAGGAACACAUUAUGCAAGUUAGCGGUUUGCGCAAAAGUAAAAAAUGUGACUAUUAUGAGAGAAAAAAAUGCAUGUACAGUUCGGAACGAUGAUGUUAUACGUGCAUACGAUGUAACAUGUACCACCAGUCAUACGUAUUCAUCCAUACGCAUACGCAAUACAAGCAUCUAUAAAACACAAUUGACUGAUCGAAUAGUUUUUUUCGAGCUAUUAGUUAUUUUUUUUUUUUUUUUUUUUUUUUUUUUUUUUUUUUUUUUUUUUUUUUUUUUUUUUUGUAUAACCGCUUUUAUCGAUAUAAAAGCAGAAACAUGGAUUGUAAUCUAUUGCGAUACGAUUCAUGUGACACGCCGAACGAUAUAUUGUGAUGCGUAUAUUGUCGCUUAAAUGUUAUAUAUUAAUGUGUAUACAUAUGUAUACAAAAAUGUUUAUAGGUAGCUAGUUAUAUCUAUUGCAAUGGUGAGUAGUGAUUCUUAGAUCUAUAUAUGAGGUUAGAAAGUUGGCACUCUUAGAAUUACAUGAUAUCUAUAACAUCGUUUUACAAAGUAUCGUUUAAAUAAACAAUGUUAACCUCGAAAAUACUUUUGAAACGAUUGUAAUUAUGGAAAUGUAUUCUUGGAACGCUUUAUAUAUAAUCGUAACAUAUAUUGGUCUAAGAAUCGCUGAUGAAAAUAACGACAAAAAAAAUUUUUUGUCGAAAAGUCGUCUAUUUCGGACAGCUACGUUGCUUUUUAUAAUUUUUUUUUCUAACUUGCUGUUAUAGUCGAGGUUGGCUCAUCGCUGGAAUUGAACCAAACGCGUGUGGUCAGUCUGAAAACGAUUUUUCGAAAUGAUCUUCGUAAACGCGGAGCGCAACACGACGAUCCAUAUAAUUUGUAUAAAUAUUUUAUUUCCUUUCGUAAAAAUUUGAUUAAAAAUAAGUUUACUUAUUUUUGAAUUAUAUAAUCUUCAUUUUUGCAAAUCAGAAAACAGACAUUCUACGUAUAAUUCGUGAAAUUUUUUUUUGUUAUGACAGGCGAAGACAAAAAAUUUGGUUAUGUCUGUUCAUAAUUAUUACCGAGACACAGUUUCCAUAAACAUACCAGAAAGGAUGUAUAGCUAACGGUGUACUUAACGAUAUUUUGUAAUUAAACGUAUGCAAAUUUAAACUUUGCUAGACCCGGUCUUAAUCAUAGUCUUGUUAAAAUUAAUUGACAAUUGUUAAAAAGAAAAAACAUUUCGACGGACGAAAUAUUUAUUCGUACUCUUCUCAGAACAAAUAAAAUGAUUAGUUUAUAUAUAAAAAAA